GUCUCGGCAGUCAGACAUCCUACUCUGGCGUUGUGUGCGAUUUGCAACUUUCUUGGGAGUAGCCUGCGAUAUGUUGCGAUGGAUGCGAUAUAUGGUCUUUUUAGCACGUUUCAGCACGGAUGUCGCAUACGAUUUUCUAUUCCUCACGAGCUCAGGCAGGUUGUCUGCACAGUUGAGCAUGGAGUAAGUGUAACUGGGCGGUAGUUCCUCAAAUCUGUUGAGUGCUACAACAGCUGCUGCUGCUCGUAAAUGACCUGACUGCACAUGGCCUGCUGAUGGUGUAUUGAGUUCUGUCGUAUAUCGAUAUGCUCAUACUCCAUCAGCUAGCGUCACUAUGCGUUGCAGUAGCAAGUCCUGGAGUGGGCACAACGCUGCUAUGUGCAGGAUUCAGGAAGGUUCUUGAGAAACUCUCUCUAUCCAGUGUCCUGGUUGUUCCUGAACCACGCGUGCCAUUGACGCUGUAAGUACGCAGGAACCUCCUCCAGUGCCGAUUGUAUUCUUUUCCGGCAAACAUGCCAAUCACCCGAGAGGAAGCCGAGGAGCUUCAAACCAUCAUUGCGGAUGUCGAAGCUCAUGCAUCCAAUACCAGCAAAGAGGCACAUGCCGAUGUCGACCUAGAGCACCUAGCAGUACAGAUUCAAAACUUGCUGCAGUCUUCCAGAAAAUACGUGAUCAAGCAUCACGCCAACGACAGUAGUGACCCACAGGCACCGACCACAGGCACCGAUACGCCGCCCACGAUUGCGACCAGUAGCUGUCCAACCCCGACCAGAGACACUGUAGGGACACAGAGUAUCAACAAUGAUGUCGUUCGCCAGCUGAUAUCGCUCGCAGUUGCUCAGAACACCGUUAUCCGUCUUGCAAUCCACGACCUACUUCCCAUCAUCAAAACCAUCAUCUGGCUCUAGGCGACUCAAACUAAGCUGUCCAUGGAGAGCUGAAGUGAAUGAACCCACGGACUUGGCAGUCCCUGCGACAAUUUCAGAAGACUUUUCAGAGGAUCGCCAGCUUCAGCAUCCGCGAACUAGAGCCUCCAGCCUGACCUUACAGCACAUGGACGCGAAUGCAACGCGGCCUCGCAGGUUCUCGCUCCCGGAGGUGUUCGAUCAGGAAACCAUUCCGGACUGGUUCCAAUCAACUAGCCGCCACCGAGGAGAUCUCAUCGUACCAGUCUCUGACACCACCAUCAGCAUUGUAGGGGAUUCACGUCUCAGGAUAGAGGACGAGAUCGAGCAGGUUCCCAGCAAUAGCUUUGUUGGUGGAGCGAAGCCUGCGAGAAACAAACUCCGGAAGAAGAGGCGGCCGGAGAGUACGAAGUCGGAGAAGACGACGGCACGAGAUGUCAGUCAGGACUCCCAAGCCAGCGUGUGGAGUCGAGCACGAGAGUCCUUCGUCUCCACGUACUGCCCCUCUGAAGCUCCCCCUCUUAUCCUACCCACCGGACCAACCGACAACGAGAAGAUGUUGUACCUCAAGACGAACCGCCUUGGACUCUACACAUUCGGUGUGUUCUCCUUUUUGAGCUUGUCCGUUGGCAUGUGGCUUUUUGUCGUCAGCUUUUACGCCUUUUACUGGUUUGGUGCCGUCGUCUUCCUUCUGCAGAUGUAUCUUGUCAUCUCGUACACGGUGAGCAUCUGUGGCAAGGACUAUGAUGUUCAAAAGCACGAGAAGAUCCUCGAGGAACAUGCUGUCAAUGCGGUUACGGCUCCGACGGUCGAUAUAUAUCUGCCUUGCUGCAAAGAGCCCAUUGAGAUCCUGGAAAACACGUAUAAACACAUCCAGCAGCUCCAGUACCCGAAAAAUCAGCUGAAGGUCUAUGUCCUGGACGACGGAGGCUCGGACGCCGUUCAUGCAUUGGCAACACAAUGCCGCUUCCACUACAUCUGCCGGGAGGACCGUCCCCGGCUCAAGAAGGCUGGAAACCUCAGAUGGGCCUUUGCUCGAACUGAAGGCGACUUCUUCACCAUUUUCGAUGCUGACUUUUGUCCACGACCUGACUUUCUGCAGGAAACCAUACCCAUUCACCAAGCCAGACCAGACACGGCCAUUGUGCAGACCCCGCAGUUCUUCCGCACAUCCACCGACCAGACAUGGGUCGAGCAAGGAGCUGGAGCGGUUCAAGAAUUAUUCUAUCGAGUCGUCCAGAUCAAUCGGAAUCGUUUUGGUGCAUCAAUCUGCGUCGGCAGCAAUGCUGUGUAUCGGCGAGCAGCACUAGUUGAGGUAGGGGGUACGGCAGAGAUUGGCUUCUCAGAGGAUGUCCACACCGGCUUUUACGCCAUCAAUCGAGGCUGGAAAGUCCGGUAUUUGCCUCUUUGUCUGGCUUGUGGGAUAUGUCCCGACACACCGCGCGCGUUCUUCAGUCAGCAGAUGCGGUGGUGCAUGGGUUCCACCACGUUGCUCACCAACAUGGCCUUCUGGCGCUCUGACAUGGGCUGGAUACAGAAGAUCUGCUACCUUUCCGGCAUGAUGUACUACAGCGCCAUUUCGCUUUCCAUCUUCAUCAACCCGCUGCCUGGCAUCUUUAUGCUCUGGUGUCGCCCGCAGUACGUGCGCUACUACAACCUCGCCUUCGCAAUCCCGUCCAUCGUGUAUUCCCUGGUUGCCAUCCGGUGCUGGAGUAAAGCGCGGUAUGGCUUUAAUGUACAAUUCGUAAUGGUGAUCCAGUCAUAUGCCUACUUGACUGCCAUCAAGGACCGAAUGUUCGGCCGAUCUCUGGCGUGGGUGCCAUCUGGGGACACGAAAGCACACAAGAAUGACAAGUACCGCAACAUGAGGAUACUCGCAUGGUGCUGGUCACUGACUGUCGUGGGCGCCGUGACUGGAGGCACCGCAUACCAGAUCAUUCGAGGCCUGCCAUGGUACGACUGUUUGCCGUUGAUCGUGCUCGACACCUUCAACCUGUUCUUGGCUCAUCGUUUUUUGUUAUGGAGUGGAAAAAUCUGA